AUGUCUGCCUCGCCGUCCCAGAACACCAACCCGGCCAAGCGCCCUCUGGAGGACGCCUCGUCUCCAUCGAGAACAAACGACCAGCCCGACGCCAAACGCCCUGCGCUCGACAAGGUCAUCAAGAAUGGCCACGACCAAGAGGAGGAGGAAGACGAGAAGCCCGUCGCCCCCGAGAGCAAUGGCCUCCCCUCCCCCGUCGAGGCCAAUGGCAGUGUCAAGGCCGAGACCACCAACGGCGACAAGCUGGAAGCCAAGGAUGAGCAAGGCGAUACCAUUGUUCCGGAUGCCAACGAGAACAAGUCUGGCAGCAACAUCGUGGCCGUAAGCUCCCUUGCUCCGCCCUCGGGCUCCAGCGCCAACACACACGACGAAACCGCCUGGAUCCACAUUCGGGCCGUCAUCUCGAGCCCCGAAGCUGCCACAAUCAUUGGCAAGGGUGGCGAGAAUGUCAGCAACAUCCGGAAGCAAUCUGGUGCCAAGUGCACUGUCAGUGAUUAUCAGAAGGGUGCCGUCGAGCGCAUCCUGACGGUAAGCGGCGUUGUCGACGCUGCAGCCAAGGCAUUCGGCCUGAUCAUUCGCACAUUGAAUAAUGAGCCUCUGACCGAAUCAUCAACGGCCCAGUCCAAGACGUAUCCUCUGCGUCUGCUCAUCCCACAUGUGUUGAUCGGAUCCAUCAUCGGCAAGGGCGGUGUUCGGAUCAGGGAGAUCCAGGAAGCGUCCGGGGCUCGGCUCAACGCUUCAGACUCCUGCUUGCCCCUGUCCACCGAGCGAUCCCUUGUGGUCAUGGGUGUGGCCGACGCCGUGCAUAUUGCAACUUACUAUGUCGGUAGCACUCUCCUCGAGCAGCUCAACGAACGAUUCGGUGGGCCGGCCGCCUCAGCAUAUGCCACGCGCAGUGGUGGCCCAGCUGGUGUUGUGCCCGGCGGCAUGCAAGUCGUUCCUUACUGCCCUCAGCCAGCUGGUGGUAACUUUGGCCAGCGGGAGAAUUACGGCAGACGGCCCGACCCCCGAGCUCAACAGUAUAUGCCACCUAACCCCUACGCGCAGCAGCCCCCGUACGGGCACGGAGCAGUGCCUCAGCCUGCUGCUGGUGCUCCCAUGCACUACGCUCCUCAGGCCGCUGCGGCCUACGGAGCUGGACCUCACAUGCCACCGCACCAGGCGGGUGGUCAUGUUGCGGGUCCUCAACCGCACGGAGGGCCCCAGGCGCCCCAGAUGCAUGGCGGCGGCAUGGCGGGCGCUCCCCUUACCCAGCAGAUCUACAUCCCCAACGACAUGGUUGGCGCCAUCAUCGGUAAAGGUGGCCAGAAGAUCAACGAGAUCCGUCAGAUCAGUGGCAGUGUGAUCAAGAUCAACGAGCCGCAAGACAACAGCAAUGAACGCUUGGUCACAAUCACGGGAACGGAGGAGUGUAACAGAAUGGCCUUGUACAUGCUGUACUCUCGCCUUGGUGAGCUCAGAGACCAUCCCCCGAAGCACUAA